AAAUUUAACACUAUAUCAUAAAUUCAAUGAAGAACUCCUACGGAUAGUUGCAUACAUAAAUUUAUUUUAUGAAGUUUUAAUUAAAGAUUUGAUCCAUCACCACUUGAAGCUUCCUCCGAUCGCGUAUAUGAAUGGCGUCAGUCGAAUCAGGAUGAGCUGAUCAUAAAUCUUUACCAUUUCAACAAUUCCACGAUUUUCUCGUCGGUUUUUUUGCUCUUUUCGAUCAUCCGCUCUCUGUUCCUCUUCGUUCUUGCAGAUUGAACGCUUUGACGUCUGAUCUGAAGAAAGAUUUGCUUGCAUCCUCUUAAUUGUUGCGUUUUUUUCGACCUGUACUGACCAAAUCUGAGAAGUUCAGUUCAACCACGAUGGGCCUCUCCAGUCUCCCAGCUCCAUCUGAAGGAGUCUUUAAUGUUCUUCUUGUAAACACUGCACUAUCAUUUUCCAUGUUCAAAUGCUUUGUUCGUUUGAUCCUUCAAGUCGUAGGAAUCCUUCUCUCACCACCGUCGUUGGCUCCACCAUCAGAUUCCUUGGAAAAUUCCUCAGAGUUGGGGGAUUCCAAUUUUGGUGCUUCUUGGAGUUAUAUUGAGACGUUUCAGAACCAAUAUCCAACGAUUAAGUUCGCCAAAGUACAGGGCUCCGAUCGUCAUGAACAUGACUGCCCUGUUUGCUUAACUUGGUUCGAACCUGAGUCGGAGAUAAACCGCUUAUCUUGUGGCCAUCUUUUUCACACACUGUGCUUGAAGAAGUGGCUGGACUACUUGAACAUUACAUGUCCUCUUUGCAGAACUCCUCUCAUGUCCGAAGAAGAGAAAUUGUGCUUUUGUUCGUCGACGGAGCACGAUAUUCCUCGAGUAUUAUGAUCUUAAAUCGAAAAAUUUUCGCUGGCCUUCUUCGAUGAACCUGCUAAAAUCAAAGUGGAAGCUUCCUCCACAAUAUGUACGUUGAUACUACCUUCUCUCCCCAUAUGUACGGUGGGCUUGGAUUGUUACAAAAGGUUUCAUAUCAAAUUUAGUUUUAGUUCUAGCUAGUCCGUGCUUAAGUAUUCUGAAGCAUAGAUGAUAUUCUGAUUGCAAUGUAACAUGUAUUUUAGUUGAGGAUUCUUUCUUAAAAUGAUAUCUUGGUGCUUACGGAUUCUCGUCU